AUGGGUACGGCUAUGUCAAUGGGAUUAGAGACAGAAAAUGACCUGUCGUACAAGAAAACGAAAUCCUCGUCCAGUUCCCUCUCUAUCGACAAUCGAAAGCUUGGUGAUUCCAUUGAAAAUGCCAUCAACUUAACCGAAUCCCCAGAAUCUGAAAUUUGGCGCGAGUGUGUCUCCUGCCGGGACGAUUACAAGAUGAUAUGA